AUGAGCCUCAGUCCCCGGACAUCCCCGGACCGAGUCGCGCUCGAGUUCGGAUCAGACCCGCUGCCUCUCCUAGCCUCUCCUUCAGCACUGCAACUUCCAGUCCGUCAUUGGCAUGGUGAGACGACCGAAGCCCACGACAACAUGGGAAGAGGGCCAACAACGGCUGGUGUACCAAAGAUCCGGGCGCGCAACCGAGAGCUCAACUGGGAGGACUAG